UCACUCAAAGUUCACCAGGGGAGAGAUCUGUUCCCAAUUUUUUUAUAUUGUGCAGGAUCUUGCCCGCACAGGUAUAUAAAGACUCAUCAAGUACUGUUUUUAUCAAGAACAGGCUCAUUCAUUGCCAAUACAAGAGCCAAAACUAUUGUUUUACCAAAGUAAAUUUCAACCCAGAAAUGGCACUGCAUGGUGUUCCAGAAAUUUCUUUGAGUUCAGGAGAAAAAAUCCCUGUCUUGGGACUGGGAACAGCAACUUUCCCACCUGUAGCAGCAGAAAUUGUUAUAGAGGCAGUGCUUCAAGCAAUUGAGCUUGGUUACAGACACUUUGACACAGCAUCUGUUUAUCAAACUGAGCACACUCUUGGUGAAGCUGUGGAAGAAGCAAUUCGUCGAGGCUUGAUCCAAUCUCGCGACGAGCUCUUCAUCACCUCCAAGCUAUGGUGCAGUGAUUCUCAUGCCCAGCAUGUCCUCCCUACCCUUCAGAAGACCCUACGGAAUUUGAAGUUGGAGUACCUUGAUCUCUACCUCGUACACUGGCCUCUGAGCAUGACAUUAGGGAGUUAUGAGUACCCACCAAAGCAAGAAGACGUGCUUCCAAUGGACAUCAAGUCUGUUUGGACAGCCAUGGAAGAAUGCCAGAGACUGGGCCUCACAAAAUCCAUUGGAGUUAGUAAUUUUUCAUGUAAAAAACUUGAUGACCUCCUUGCCAUUGCAACUAUACCACCAGCAGUCAAUCAAGUGGAGAUGAACCCAUGUUGGCAACAAAAGAAGCUGAGAGAGUUCUGUAAGGCCAAUGGAAUUGUUGUUGCUGCUUUCUCUCCUCUGGGAGCAGCAGGAACCAGCUGGGGCUCCAACAGAGUUAUGGAGUCUGAGGUGCUAAAGGAAAUUGCAAAGGCCAAAGGAAAGACCAUUGCUCAGGUUUGUUUGAGAUGGGAGUAUGAACAAGGGGUUGUUAUUGUGGUGAAGAGCUACAACAAGGAAAGAAUGCAGCAAAACCUUGAGAUUUUCAACUGGGAAUUGAGCGAAGAAGAGUCUAAGAAAAUUGGUGAGAUCACCCAAAAUAGAGUACAUCGUGGAGAGGAGUUCAUCUCACCCAAUGGGCCUUUCAAGACAAUUGAGGAGCUAUGGGAUGGAGAACUUUGAAGGCGAUUCACAAGAGAGUCGCCCAUAAGUCCCUUUGACCGAGAUAUGAUUAUCUGUGUAAUCUGAUCGAUUGAUGUUUAUGAUUAUGCAUAAGUAUUUAUAUAUAAUACUGGUCAUUAUCCGUGUUUGAAGGCAUUAUAUAACAAACAAAUAAAAAUUAAAAUAAUUAUCCAAAUUUAAAAAGAAUGACCUAAAAAUAUUUAUGCUAAUUCUUUUUUUAAAAUUACUUGAAAUAUAUCGUCAAACAUAUCUGAAACUAUCAUAAAAAUAUAUAAACACUCCCCAAAACAAUGUCACAUAUACAAAUGACUUUUGGAAAAAAUUUCAAAAAUAUUGACAUAACUAAUUAAAAUUUACAAUCUUUAAAUAAUAAAACAAAUCUUGUUCAUUUAUAAAACUCAUGAAUUUAUCACAUUUACUACCACUCAAUCUAAUAAUACACCAUAAUUAUAAACUCAAUCAUCAUAUUUUUAAUUUAACUUAUUCUCAUGUAAUAAAUACCUCAAGCAAAAAAAAAAAAAAUACUAACAGAAUACAAUAUUAAAUUUACAAUCUUUAAGCGAUAAAUAAAAUUAAUCAAAUCUUACUCAUUAAUAAAACUCAUGAAUUUAUCAUUAAUAUUACCAUUCAACCCCAAAUGACACAAUAUAAUUGUAAAUUUAAUUACCAAAUGUUCAAUAUUCCACAUAUAAAUAUACUCAGAAAUACAUCAACACACAUUUCUUUUUUGAUUACCAACAAACUCUUUUAACCAAUAACUGUUUUAUUAGAAAUACCAUAAUUCAAAUUUUUUAGAUAAAAUAAUAAUAUAUUAAUGUUUAAUUAAAAAUAGGAUAAAAUUCAAGGGGCAUCCCCUGAGUUUUGAUAAUAUUACACGGAUACUUCAUGAUAUUUUAUAAAUAACAUAGACAACCCCCUGAGGUUUGAAAUUUAUUGCACGGAUACCCUCUCUGUUUCCCCUUCCGUCAAUAUUACUAAUGAAAAUUGAUAAUUUCAUCAAAAAAAAAUAAUUACUUACAAUUGUCCUUCUCUAAAUUUAGUAAAAAAAAUUAAAAAUUUAAUAAAAUCAAAUAAAAUUUGACUUAGUAAAAAAUUGAUAUAAUUUAGUAAACCAAAAAAUUGAUUAAAUAAAUUUCAAUAUUAAUUUGAUAACAAUAAAAAUUAGUUUGAUAUUAAUUCGACAAAGUUGAACACAAAUUAGACAAAAUUAGAUAUCAAUUUUUGAUAAAAUUAUAUAUUAAUUUAUAAUGUAAGGUUCAUUUGGAAUUGAAUAUUAUUUAGUGUUUAUUUUUUAUUUACAAUAAGUGUUAUUUAUAUGUCGUUAGAUAUAUAAAAACGUUGAAUUAGUAUAAUGAAAUAAAUAAUUGCAUAACAUGUUGUUUUAUCUGAUUUAUGGGAUUAAAUAAUAACAAAAAAAAUAAGACAAAAAAAAUAAUUGCAUGAGAAAGAGAGAGAGAGAGAGAGAGAGUUAUAUGAAAAAUGAGAGUCUUAGAGUUAUAUAAAGAAUUAAAGUCCAAUUAGAACCGUUGGAUCAAAAUGAUCUAAAUCACAAAAAGUUCAAGACAAACAAACUAACUACUUUAUUAUAUAGAUAUUGAGUUCUUUCCUUGGUGUUGUGGCUUACUUUUAAGGUUGAUAAUUAUAGUCACUUUCAAUUUUCACCCACGAUUGGAAUAUUCAUUUAAAAAGUAAUAUUUUCGUCCAAAAAAAAUAGAGCAUUCACUCAAAAAGUAAUAUUUUUACCCAAAAAAUAGAAUAUUCACUCAAAAGUGAUAUUUUCACUUAAAAGUGGAAUUUUCACACCAAAAAAAAAGGGUAGUAUUUUCACAUAAAAAGUGAAAUUUUCAUUCACAAGUGGUAUUUUUGCCCAAAAAAUGGAAUAUCCACCCAAAAAGUGGAAUUUUCAUCCAAAAGUGGUACAUUUACCCAAAAAGUGGUGUUUAAACCCAAAAUUAGUAUUUUCACCAAAAAAAUAGAAUAUUCACUCAAAAAGUGGAAUUCAACAAAAAAGUAGUAUUCUCAUCCAAAAAAGUGAAAUAUUCACUCAAAAGUAAAAUUUUCACUAGGAAAAAUGAAAUUUUUACUCCAAAGUUGUAUUUUCACCAAAAAAAAAAUGGUAUUUUCAGUCAAAAAGUAGUAUUUUCUCCCAAAUUAUGGAAUUUUCAUCCAACAAAUGGUAUAUUCACCCAAAAAAAAGUAGAAUAUUCAUUUAAAAAAGUAAUAUUCACCAAAAAAGUGGUAUUCUCACCCAACAAAACGAAAUACUCACUCAAAAAGUGGAAUAUUCACUCAAAAAAUGAAAUAUUCAUCCAAAAAUGGUAUUUUAACCCAAAAAGUAGAAUUUUCACCUAAAAAAUGGUAUUUCAAGUAUCAAUUUUUUUUUAAUUGUUUUGUGUUUAAUAAAACUUAGCUAUAUGAUUCAAUGCUAACAUGCCAUAACAAACAGCCAUUAAAAUCAUUGAGAAAUUAAACAUAAUAGUUAGGGAUGACAGUGGACUAAGGUAGGGAGAGUAGUAUUCACCCUUGUACCCGUUUAAAAAAUGUUUGUUUAUCCCGAGACCACUCCUAUUAACGGAAAAAGUUUUAAAUCUUGCCUCCACCCUACGGGUAAAUUAUGAUCCCCACCCCCGCUCCCCACCUUCGCCUUCUCCUUCGCCUUUGCCUUCACUCCACCUCUGCCUGUGCCGUUGUGGGCGUGUAAUUGAAGUGAUCACAAAUCAAACAACCAAAAAAAUCACAUAUUAUUUUUUGGUAUCACACCAAAAAAUAGGGGUCUCUGUUACUCAAUGGCAAAGCCACACACGAGGCCCAUCCUCAAAUUUUUUGGAAAAAAAAUUAUAUAUGUGUAUAUUUUCAUAUAUUUUGAACAAUAUGUAAAUAUAUUUUACAUUUGCCCACUCUAUGACUUUCUUACUUUAAUUGUUUAAUCAUUUU